GCUCUGUACCUUGUUAACAGGAAAAUGACUGCUUAGCUCUAGAAGGAUUCGGAUAUUAUUUUUUUUUAAUAGCAGGCCAUUUUUCAUCAAAUGGGUUUUGAAGGAUUGUUCAUUUGACAGCGAUUCUUUUUUUUUUUUUUUGGGGUUUCAAAGAUUGUUGAAUGCUUUGCCAUUAAUUCUUUCUGGGUUUUCAAUGACAAGCGUUCGAUCGGAAGAAUUUCGAGGAAGCUUGGUUGGUGAAAACAGAGUCCGGUAAUGGGUCGCAGUUCAAAGAAGAAGCGCGGAGGAAGGCGGAGCAAGGGCCGCGCGCCUUCCAAAGACCACGCCUCUCACGCCGUUGACAAUACGGAGCUUAUCGCCGAGGAGCUCACCGCCCUGUGUGCAAUUUUUCAGGAGGACCUCAAAAUUGUUUCGGAGUCAUCUCCACAGAUCAUUAUUAAGCUCAGGCCUUACUCAAAGGAUACGGGUUAUGAGGAUCCAGAUGUUUCCGCUCUUCUUUCAGUUAGGUGCUUGCCAGGGUAUCCAUAUAAGUGUCCAAGGCUGCAGAUUACUCCAGAGAAAGGUUUGUCCAGAGUUGAUGCUGAUAAUCUUCUUUCUCUGCUUCAAGACCAGGCAAAUUCUAAUGCUCGAGAAGGGCGUGUAAUGAUUUUCAAUUUGAUCGAGGCUGCUCAAGAGUUCUUGUCUGAAAUUGUUCCUGUUGGUCAGUCACAUGAAUCUGUACCGUGCUCAUCCAAGGAUAGCAGUGGUCAAUUGUUCCAAAAGGAUAUGGCAGUUUUAUGUAAUACCACUUGUUCUUCUAGGGGUCCUUUUGUUUAUGGUUUCAUUGAUAUUUUUAGUGGCUCUGGGGAGUCAUGGUGGGGCCUUGGAAUGGAUGGUGGAGGGGAUGAUCAGUCAGUCCCUUCUAAUACAUUUGAUGGCUCAAAUAUUGGACUUGGUGGUCCAGAAAAGAAGCUUGAAAACACUGCAAAACCAUCAACAUGGCAAGAUAUAAAGCAAGGUCCAUUAGUUUCCUCAGCUGGCAAACUAGAUACUCUUGAAGAAGAGAGUGAAGAUGACAAUGAAAGCAUAUCCAGCACUGAUUCAAGCAGAUCACUAUUGGACAAAUUGGCAGGAAAUGGUGUGUUAGUUGGGAAUGAGGAUCUUUCUCUUGAUGAGAAUGUAGCUGAAGAUGAUGAUGGUGCUCUGGAAAAGGAGUCUUCAGAGUUUGCGUCUUCUGCUUCUGUUAUUACUAGUCAAGCAUCUCGAACUUUGGAAAAGGAUUUGGUUAUGAUCCAUCUACUCCGCCUUGCUUGUGCUUCUAAAGGGCCACUAACUGAGGCUUUGCCUGAAAUAACAACGGAGCUUUACAAUCUAGGGAUCUUUUCAGAAUGGGUACGAGACCUAGUUACUAAGCCAUCUUCAUUUUUCAACAAAACAUUUGAUGAUGUUUUUCAAAGUCAUAUGGUUUCGUCUAGAAUCUCUCAAUUUUGGAAACCUACUUCUGAUUUUGGAGAGCAGACACCAUCUCAGCCCAGCUCUCGAUAUCUUAGCGACUUUGAGGAACUGCAAUCUCUAGGUCAUGGUGGUUUUGGUCAUGUUGUGCUUUGCAAAAAUAAACUAGAUGGAAGGCAAUAUGCAGUGAAGAAGAUUAGACUAAAGGACAAAAUCCUUCCACUUAAUGAUCGGAUAUUGAGGGAGGUAGCAACACUUUCUCGUUUGCAGCAUCAACAUGUUGUCCGUUACUAUCAGGCAUGGUUUGAAACAGGAAUUGCUGGUUCUGAUGGUGAUGCCAUGUUGGGCUCAAUAACUCCAGCAAGCUCCACUUACAGCUACAAGGAUGCAAGCUUCCCAGAAGUAAUUGGGCCUGAGAAUAAGAUUGAGUCAACAUAUCUGUAUAUUCAAAUGGAAUACUGCCCUAGGACUCUCCAUCAGGACUUUGAGUCAUACAAUCAUUUUGACAAAGAGUUUGCAUGGCAUUUAUUUCGCCAAAUUGUGGAAGGCUUGGCCCACAUACAUGGACAAGGAAUCAUUCAUCGGGACUUGACACCAAGUAACAUAUUCUUUGAUGCUCGCAAUGAUAUUAAAAUUGGAGAUUUUGGUCUUGCCAAAUUCUUGAGGUUUGAGCAGUUGGAUCAGGAUCUGGGAUUUCCUGCAGAUACAACUGGAGUUUCAGUUGAUGGUACUGGUCAAGUUGGUACCUAUUUUUACACUGCUCCAGAAAUUGAGCAGGGAUGGCCAAAGAUUGAUGAAAAGGUGGAUAUGUACAGCUUAGGUGUUGUGUUUUUUGAGCUUUGGCACCCUUUUGCAACGGAAAUGGAGAGACAUGUUGUUCUAUCAGAUCUGAAGCAAAAAGGAGAAUUUCCUUCUGCUUGGGUUACUGAAUUUCCAGAGCAUGCAUCUUUGUUGCGACGCUUGAUGUCUCCAAGUCCAUCAAAUCGACCAUCUGCCACAGAACUUCUACAGCAUGCAUUUCCUCCACGAAUGGAGUAUGAAAUGUUAGAUAAUAUGCUACGAACAAUGCAAAUCUCAGAAGACACAAGUAUAUUUGAUAAAGUUGUUAAUGCUAUCUUCGAUGAAGAGACGUUAAGCAUGAAAUAUCACCAACAUGUUGGAGGGUUGAGAUUGACUGGGGGAGAUACAUCCUCCAUCCAGUAUACAGAUUUAGACACCGAACUUCGUGAUCAUAUUGUUGAGGUCACAAGGGAAGUCUUGAGACUGCAUUGCGCAAAGCAUCUGGAAAUAAUUCCCAUGCAUUUAUUUGAUGAUUUUCCACAGUUCAACAGGAAUACUGUUAAACUUUUGACCCACGGAGGAGGUGUGGUUGAGCUUUGUCACGAAUUGCGUUUUCCAUUCAUUGCUUGGGUUGUCACGAACCAGAAAUCAUCUUUUAAACGAUAUGAAAUGACAUAUGUAUAUAGAAGAGCAAUUGGGCGCUCACCACCGAACCGCUACCUUCAGGGAGAUUUUGAUAUAAUUGGAGGUGCACAAGCAUUGACAGAGGCAGAGGUUAUUAAGGUGACAAUGGAUGUUGUAACUCGUUUUUUCCCUGCUAAUUCAUGUGAUAUUCAUCUAAAUCAUGGGGAUCUACUGGAAGCAAUUUGGUCUUGGAUAGGUAUAAAACCAGAGCAUAGACGAAAAGUGGCAGAGCUUCUCUCAAUGAUGAAUUCUUUGCGUCCUCAAUCCUCCAAGUGGAAAUCAAAAUGGGUGGUGAUAAGACGCCAGCUUCUUCAGGAACUCAGUUUAGCAGAAGUUGUUGUAAAUAGACUGCAGACUGUGGGUUUGAGGUUCUGUGGAUCUGCAGAUCAGACCCUACCUAGAUUGAGGGGAGCCCUGCCAGCUGAUAAAUCUACACGGAAAGCGCUUGAUGAAUUGUCAGAUCUCUUUAGCUACUUGAGAGUUUGGAGAAUUGAAAAAUAUGUUUUCAUCGAUGCCCUUAUGCCACCGACUGAGAGUUAUUACAGAGAUUUGUUCUUUCAGGUAUACUUAAUGAAGGAAAACAGUCCUGGGUCAGUUAUUGAAGGAAGGUUGCUAGCUGUUGGUGGUCGGUAUGAUUAUCUGCUUCAUCAAAUGUGGGAUCAUGAAUCUAAAUCAACUCCUCCAGGUGCUGUUGGGACAAGCCUUGCAUUGGAGACGGUGAUUCAGCAUUAUUCUGCAGAAAUCAAACCAUUUAGAAAUGAGGCUAGCAUUAGCGUUCUUGUUUGCUCAAGAGGAGGUGGUGGUUUACUAGAAGAUCGCAUGGAACUCGUUGCUGAGCUGUGGGAGGAAAACAUCAAGGCUGAGUUUGUUCCCAUGUCUGAUCCAAGUCUAAGGGAGCAGUAUGAAUAUGCAAAUGAGCAUGACAUUAAAUGUCUCAUCAUCAUAAAAGAUCCCUGUGUGUCUCAAACAGAUCUUAUUAAGGUUCGUCAUCUUGAACUUAAGAAGGAAAAAGAAUUAGAGAGAGAAAACCUCGUUAAGUUUCUAUUAGAUGCUAUGGCGACACAGUUCAGAAACCCUUCCAUUUGGAAUUAGGUCCUUGGUCCUUCAUCAGCAAUUCCCUCAAGCCCAAAAGGAUCACACUACAAAUAGGAUCCAAUCGUCGUCGUCGAAAAAGGAUGGGGAAAAAAAAUCGGAUGGCUUUUUGCACCAAAAUUUUUUGUUAGAUUUAGUAUAUAUUUUUCUUCCUGCAUCAGCAGUGUUAAUAUAUCAGUGUGAUAUAUCUACUCAUUCUAUUAAAUAGGAGUUACCAACAAUCAGAGUGAGCUGGGGACAUUAUAUUCUUCCUUUAACCCCAAAUUUUGACAUGUAUAUAUUGAAUUUUCAAAAUAUAUAUAUAAUAAAUGUUUCUUAGCCCAAAA